AUGAGCGGAUUUUAUUUAGAGACCCACAGGAGCCUCGGUAACGUUACUUGUCCUACUAACAUGUGGAUGGUAAUUUAAAAGCUGGUUCCGUACUGGCCAUCGUGGCCAGGCGUACCUUACCACUUAUCACUAGAGACAGCUGUGGUUUCUUUCAUGGAUACCACUGGUUUGAUUGUGCGAGUGAAAGAAAAGCCUGACAGAGAGCAGCCCCAGCGGACACCGCCGUGUGACGACCAGUCAGCAACGCCGGGAAGCUCGUUCAAGUGCGAUUCCUCCAACGCGCGUUCACGAUACCGGCACACUCACUGCAUGAUGGCCGAGGGAGGCGGACCCGAGUCGGGUAGCGCGGCAGACUCCGACUCGGAGCCGGUAGCUGCUCAGAUGCCGACACCUUCAACUGAAAGUCAAAAGCAGGCAAUUGGGACACUUUUGAAAACAACUCUGAGAAAGGGCGACGAAUGGUUUCUGAUAGAUAGCCGGUGGUUCAAACAGUGGAAGAAAUAUGUGGGAUUUGACAGCUGGGACAUGUACAAUGUUGGAGAACACAGCCUCUAUCCAGGACCUAUUGAUAACUCUGGGCUGUUCUCAGACCAUGAGACCCAAGUCCUGAAAGAGCACCUUAUAGAUGAGCUAGACUAUGUCCUUGUACCCACUGAGGCAUGGAACAAGCUUGUCAGCUGGUAUGGCUGCCUGGAGGGCCAGAGACCCAUUGUCAGGAAGGUGGUCGAACAUGGCAUGUUUGUCAAGCACUGUAAGGUGGAAGUCUAUUUAUUGGAGUUGAACUUGUGUGAGAAUGACAACAUGGACAAUGUGGUGACACGUCAUUUCAGUAAAGCUGACACAAUAGAUACAAUCGAGAAGGAGAUGAGGUCGCUUUUUGAAAUCCCAUCAGAGAAGGAGACACGGCUCUGGAACAAAUACAUGAGCAACACAUAUGAGCAGCUGAACAAGCCAGACAGCACUGUACAGGAUGCUGGUCUCUUCCAGGGACAGGUGCUUGUGAUUGAACGCAAGAACGAGGAUGGCACGUGGCCCAGACAAGCCUCCCAUCCCAAAUCCAGUGCAACCCCAUCCAGGAAUUUCACUACCUCCCCAAAACUCUCCUCCAACUCGUCGGCAACCAUCUCCUCAACAGUAACCAAUGGAGAUGGAGACAGCGGUAACCCUGGCUACACACUGAACAAUAGCACCUCCUCCAGCAACAGAUUGGGGGGCUACAAUUCAUACAGCUCCUCCUACAACUACAGAGAGUCACAGUCACAGCCUGGCCUGUGUGGUCUCAGUAAUUUGGGCAACACAUGCUUCAUGAACUCUGCCCUCCAGUGCCUGAGCAACGCAUCCCCACUCACAGAAUACUUCCUGAAUGACCAGUACGAGGCAGAGAUUAACAGGGAGAAUCCCUUGGGAAUGAGGGGGGAGAUUGCAGAGGCCUAUGCUGACUUGGUCAAGCAGAUGUGGCUCAGCCGUAGCAGCUAUGUGGCCCCACGCACCUUCAAAACCCAGGUUGGACGCUUUGCCCCCCAGUUUUCAGGGUACCAGCAGCAAGACUCCCAGGAGCUGUUGGCCUUCCUGCUGGACGGGCUCCAUGAAGAUCUGAAUCGUGUCAAAAAGAAGCCUUAUCUGGCCCUGAGGGAUGCAGAGGGCCGUCCAGAUGAGAUUGUCGCUAAGGAAGCCUGGACUAACCACCGCUUGCGCAAUGACUCUAUCAUAGUUGAUAUUUUCCACGGGCUCUUCAAGUCCACAUUGGUGUGUCCAGAGUGCUCCAAGGUGUCUGUAACCUUUGACCCGUUCUGCUACCUCACACUGCCUCUGCCCAUGAGGAAAGACCGCACUAUGGAGGUUUUCCUGGUGCGAUCAGACCCGCAGUCCAGACCCACACAGUACCGGGUGGUGGUCCCCAAGCUGGGUUCAGUGGCCGACCUGUGCAGCGCCUUGUCCAGACUCUGUGGAAUCCCUCCAGAGAAUAUGGUGGUGGCUGAUGUUUACAAUCACAGAUUCCAUAAAAUUUACAGACGGGAUGAUGGCCUCAACCAAAUAAUGGAGAAAGAUGACAUCUUUGUGUAUGAGGUACAAGAGGAAGACAGUGAGAGGAUGAACCUGCCUGUAUAUUUCAGGGAGCGUCACAACAAACAUGGCGGAGCGUCCACCAGCACCAUGCUGUUUGGCCAGCCUCUGCUCAUCACCGUGCCCAGACACCAUAUCAUAGCAGAUGUUCUGUAUGAAAAGAUCCUUGAAAGGAUUGGACGCUAUGUAAAACACUCUCAUAGCCCCUGUAGUGAGAGCAGGGCCUCAGCCUCGGCCACCUUUGCCAGCUGUAGCCAGGCACCUGAAUGUUCUACAUUAUCUAGUCUCAACGCUGGCCUGAGCGGCUGUGGCAUCCCUCUGUCGGACGGGGCGUCCUGCAGCGCCAGCUCUAGUGACAGCAGCAACCACUCAGGGACCUGCAAUGGGCCUAAUGGGCUAUGUGAUGGUGAGGAGGAGGCCAUGGACCACCAGGUGAGUCCUGAGCCAGAGAAUGGUCAGUCUGAAGAGGAGGAAGAGGAGGCCUCUGACCUGGAGAAUGGGCCGAAAGGCAACUCGGCAAAGCUGUGCUCCUCCCCACCCAGGCUCUUCUCUUUCAGCAUGGUCAACUCUUAUGGAACAGCCAACAUUAGCUCACUGCCUUGUGACGGAAAUGUCCUCAAACUUAAUCCACAUUCCACGGUGGCGAUCGACUGGGACUCAGAAUCAAAGAAACUGUGUUAUGAUGAUCAGGAAGCCGAGGCCUAUGAGAAGCAUGAGAGCAUGCUUCAGCCCCAAAAAAAGAAGACCACCGUGGCUCUGAGAGAAUGCAUCGAGCUCUUCACAACCAUGGAGACGCUUGGAGAACACGAUCCAUGGUAUUGUCCCACAUGUAAGAAGCACCAACAGGCCACAAAAAAGUUUGAUUUGUGGUCAUUGCCUCGCAUUCUGGUAGUCCACCUAAAGCGAUUCUCCUACAACCGAUGCUGGAGGGACAAGCUGGACACAGUGGUGGACUUUCCCAUCAGGGACCUGAACAUGUCUGAGUUUGUGUGUGACCCCAAGGCUGGCCCCUACAUAUAUGACCUCAUUGCUGUCUCAAACCACUAUGGCGGAAUGGGAGGAGGCCACUACACAGCUUAUGGCAAGAAUAAAGCGGAUGGAAAAUGGCAUUACUUUGACGAUAGCAGUGUUUCAUCUGCCUCAGAGGAUCAGAUUGUGACUAAAGCAGCCUACGUGCUAUUUUACCAACGCAGAGAUGAGGAAGCCCCUUCAAAGCCUCAGCCCUCUGCCGCCCUGGGAGGAGCCCCUGAAGUAGCCGACGACCACAUGGACACAAACUGAGCAGCACUGACGCUAAGGGACGUGCACUGAAACGUAUACGGCAAAUAAUAGAGACACUUGGACGCACACACAAAGCUACUUCAGUGACAGAAGACUCCAGAGAGUUAACAUUAUUAACCCUACCUUCCCCCCUCUUUUAUUUGAUUUUUGUCUUGUAUGUUGUCAACUAGAGCCAAAAGCCUUGUCAGAAGAGUGACCUGAGAGACUUCCAACCUGGAGUGGGUGGCCUACUGAUUUACGAACUUAGUUUACUAGUCUGGAACAGAGAGGAAUAUAUAUCCUCUCACUGGACGAACAGAAUGUUAGAAGUGCCCUCAAACGCAUAACUAAGCAAAGUUUCUGUUACCCACAAGUCAGAAAUAAUAAAAAAAAGCCAAAUGCACAUCUUGUCUCAACCAAAGCGUUCCAAGGUGAAUAUAAUAAAAUGUACCAAUUGUUUAGGCAUCAAGGGGAUAUUAAUAUUGUCCCUAAUUUGAUCUCCAGUAACCCCUCUGUGCUGAGGAAAAUGCAAACAUAGUAUGGCUGUGAUGUGCACACAGUACAAUACAUGCUUGCCUAUUGAAUCCUGUGACCUUAAGCCACCUGUGAAGAAUGGAUCCUUUGAGAAAAGUUCACUGAUGGGGUUCCCUAUGCUACAGACAAGCUGUGGCAGUUGUUUCUGGCCUGCUGGGUCUGAGUUGCAAUCUAAACCACACAGGGUGUUUCUCCUUUCAACGUUCGCUUAUCAGUGUCCUGACACAAGUUGGGGCAGAGGCUGUUUUGCAGCCUGCCUCUUGGUUAAUCAUCACCGCAACUCUUUGAAGCACAGCGUGCUAGCUCUGCUGUCUCUUGGACCCUAAACUGAGAGGAGGCUUACCCUGCUAACAAAUUACACUUCUUUUUUCUUUUCUUUCUUUUUUUUUUUUUUUUUUAAACCACACAAUGCAAGAGCGGCCUUUUGAUUCCUGCAACCUGAUUGAAAAGGAGGCACUUUGAAUUUUCCAAGUACUCAUUAUCUAUCUGCUUCUGGUGUAUCUAGACAUAAUGAAAAUGUAUGGUUUUGCCUUGGCAUUAAGGCUUUUGAUCUGCCAUACAUUUCCAGGUCAUUUUAAUGUGUCUUUAAAGCAUAUUUUGAUUGCUGCCUGACUGGACCCCUAGCUCAUCUGCAAUGGCUUGUCCUUAUUAGUCUUGUACAUUAAUGCAGCUCUGUAUUGAAAUGGCUAUGUUAUUUGAUAUCUUCAAAGCACACUGAGUGAAGCAAAAUAAACAGUAUAAAAGUGGUGCUUUAUUCAUGAAACUUGAAAUUGCUGCUGGUCAUAAAAAAACAAACAAACAAAAAAAAACAAUCUGCAUCUUUCAUCAGAAUGGGAGG